UGCCCUCCUAAACCACCCCUGUUCCUGUUGUCUUCCAUCCCACUCAUCUCUCAUCCAUCAAGAAGCAAGAAACAAUCCAAAGCCAAACACUUUAUCCUCCUAAACCACACACCUGCUGUUUUUUUUCCAUCCAAUCAUAAAGAAGAGAGAGACCCGGAGACAACGAGUAGGGUCGCGACUAAUGGCCGAGUCGGCCGUUAGCAUCGUGCUCGGCAAUGUCAACGCACUUGCAGUUCGGGAGACCACAAUGUUGUGUUGUGUCACCCUGGAAGUGGAGCUCCUGAAGGACGAGCUCAAGCGGCUGCGAGGCUUCCUUAGAGACGCCGACAACAAAUGGAGGCGGGGAGAUGAAAGUACUGCUGUCUUGGUCGGCCAGAUCAGAGAAGUGGCGUAUGAUGCUGACAAUGCCAUCGAAGCCGCUGAGUACAUGCAGAAGAGAAACAGAUUGAAGAAGGGGUUCAUGGGUACCAUUUCAAGGUAUGCUCGCCUACCAAGUGAUUUGACUAACCUUCACAAAGUUGGUGUUGAGAUCCAACGCAUCAAAAGGAAGAUUUCUGAUAUAUUUGAAAGUGCAAACCGUCUUAAAAUAGUUGAUUUGGGGAAUACCUCAACAGAAAAUCUUCAAGUUGAUGGUGAACUCCCACAAGAGUAUGGGCCUAUGCACCAGAACUUUGAAGAUGUUGUCAUGGUUGGUUUUGAGGAUGAUUACCAGGAAAUAGUGGGGAAACUACUUGAUAAAGGGGACAGUCUUAGUGUUGUCUCCCUAGUUGCCAUGGGUGGGGCGGGGAAAACAACACUUGCUAGAAAAUUCUACACUUCAACUAGUGCCAAACAACAUUUUGAGAUAGUUUCUUGGGUGACGGUGUCUCAGAAGUACAAAGGAAUUGAUUUACUAAAAGAUAUUCUGAAACAAAUCACUGGAAGCACAUUUAGGUCAGCUGAUCAAAUGCAAGAGUAUGAGGUGGCAAAGAUGAUUCAUGAUUUUCUAUCCCAAAAAAGGUACUUAGUAGUUCUUGAUGAUGUGUGGGAAACAGAUACAUGGGAAAUAUUAAACAGAACAACUAGAGCCUUUCCAGAUGCAGAAAAUGGUAGCAGAAUACUUAUAACCACACGAAAAGAAGAUGUUGCAAAUCAUGUUCAAAUGCCAACCCAUGUUCAUCCUUUGAAGAAGCUAGAUGAGCAGAAAAGCUGGGAACUUUUUAGUAGCAAAGCCUUACCAUCAUACAAGAGGUCUGUCAUACAUGAUGUGGAUGAGUUUGAAAAACUUGGGAGAAAGCUUGCAAGGAAAUGUGGUGGAUUACCACUUGAACUUGCAGUAUUGGGGGGUUACCUAUCAAAGAAUUUAAAUGCACAAACAUGGUCUGAUAUACUAUUGGAUUGGCCAUCGACCAAAAAUGAGCAGAUGAUGCGAAACAUGCUAGCUCGCAGUUAUUGGGACUUGCCAAAUCAUUAUUUAAGAUCUUGCUUCCUCUAUAUUGCUGCUUUUCCGGAGGACUCCAUGGUAUAUGUGUCAGAUCUUACCCAAUUAUGGAUAGCAGAAAGCUUCAUUCCACACAUACCAAAUCAUACACUAGAAGAAACAGCAUAUAAGUAUGUAACUGAGCUGGUCGAGAGAAGCUUGGUACAUGCUGUUGAAACAAGCAUGGGAGGUGGAAGGAUUGCGAUAAUAAGGAUUCAUGAUAUCUUACAUGACUGGUGCAAGGAAGAAGCAAGACAAGAUGGCUUUCUUGAUGGAGUGGAUAAAACUACUGGACGAGCUGGUGCACAAUUAUCAUCGGCUAACUUGGCAUCCUAUCGUUCUACUUUUCAAAGUUUGAGUAAUGUGAUCUUACCUGGAGCACCUAAUGUCAGAACUCUGUUUGGCUUUCAACUUGAAUCAGUAUCCCUUCCUAGGUUGAGGUUCCUAAGAGUUCUUUACAUUGAAGGCUCAACAUUGAGAGAUUUCUCCACAGUGAUUGGUGGCUGCAUUCACCUAAGAUACCUUAAGUUGCAUUGCUGUGGAGGUGUAAUGCUACCUUCUUCAAUAGGCCAGCUCCUUUACUUGCAGACUAUUGAUCUAAGAGACACAAAACUGGACUCACAAGUACCACAGUCCCUCUGGGAGAUCCCUACUCUAAGGCAUGUUUACCUCACCGAUGGGUUUUCUCCACCACCGCCUGCAAGGAGUGUGCGGCAGCAACAUAAAGAGCUCCAGACCUUGUUUUGGGAUGUUUCAGAUGUUGGCAGUGAAUGCUGCUACCAUGACAUGGAGAUUUUAUUGGGCCAGAUGGGUCAACUAACGACAUUAUUUUUGGUGAUGUCCCCCAUGCCCUCCGAGGUGUUUAACAUACUUGCACACAUGCCUCACCUUGUUGAUAUUUCUCUCAGCAACUUUGGUGUGCUCGAUAAGUUGCCUGCUGAGCUCCCACGGGGUGUCAAGCGUCUUCGUCUCUGUGCCCAUGUCAUUAAACAAGACCCGAUGCCGAUCCUGGAGAAGCUUCAUUAUCUUGUGGUGCUAGACUUGUCGGGGUACGAAGGUCAAACGAUGUUCUGCUCUGCCCAAGGGUUUCCUCGGCUGCAAGAGUUAAAACUUGUUGGUUUUUCAACUGAUGAUUGGAGGAUCGAGGUAGGAGCAAUGCCAAAGCUUUCCGACCUGACGCUUCGGGAAUGCAAUCGCAAGCUCCCCGAGGGGUUUCUACACCUUCCGUCCCUCAAUCACCUGAUGUUGUACAGAAUGCCCCAGAUUUCCGAAGAUGACAACACACUAAAGGAGCUCGAACGGAAAGGAUGUCAGGUACAUACUUAUAUUGCUUAAGCUUAAUCAAAUUGCUCUCUCCUUGCAUUUAAUUUGCUACCUGU